AUGAGGGCGCAUAUCACGAAAACCAACUUCGCCAAGCGACGCCAGCAUGCUCCAUCAACCGGAGAAAAACCAAGAGGACAGAGAAAAGAUCAAUCGCCGUGGUUGAGAGCGAGCAAAAACCCCGAGAGCAACCAUACCAUCACACUAUUGUCCCCAAUACCCACUGUCCCCGAUUUAGCCCGUGAGACAACAGCUUUCCACAGGAUCCAAGAGCUAGUCUUCCUAGAAGGCAGACACUCUCCAGGCAACGCAAAUGAAGCAGCGUGGUUUAACCUUGUUGCCUCGUACCCAGUGCUAACCGAAGCAACAAUGGCGGUAGCUGUACGGCACUGGUCGCCCGAUGACGCAUGGCAAUUGAAAGCGUAUCGGCAUUCAUACGCCGCGGUCCAUCUCAUCAAGCACCGAAUUAUGUCGACAGGGGCUCAAAAGGAGGGUGUCCUCGGCGCGGUCAUUGUCUUAGCAUUCGGGGCAACUCUGGAACGGGACGAUAUGGCUUGGAAUAUUCAUAUCAUUGGUCUCGCGCAUAUGAUCAAAGAUAGAAAAUCUCGCGCCAUGAAUGCGCCGCCACCAUGGAUGAUAGAUCUGAUUGUGCAGUUGGUGUCAUUGUACCAUGAGCGUAUUCUCGAAGCCUUGAUCGAUUACGAUGAUCAGAGAAUCCUCGGAAUAAAGAGAAUCUGUGACAGUGUGAUCCAGCUCCAGAAAACGAUCGAGUCUCAUCAUCAGCAUCGACUCGAUCCAACUGUGGUGGCACGAGAGAUCGAGGAGCCAUUGUCCCAGCUGCAUUACGAUGUACGGGAUCUCCGAGACGUUGACGAUGUAUAUGUCCAGGCCAUUGCACGAGCGAUCGAACUGGUGCUCUAUCUCCUCUGGCCAUCGUGGUCAGGGGCUUACCUAACCCUCCUUGCGGGGGAACUGAAAGAAGCGAUAAGUCGAUUACCGCUCAAAGGAUGUUCCUACAUGAAUUUGACUUCCUUUCCGCUGAUGAUUGGAGCCAUUGCCGCCGAGGAAGACUCGCUAGCUAGAAUGUGGUUUGUUGACAGUCAUCCCUACGGUGUUGGCGGCAAUGAAACACUUCCUAAGUCUUUGGCGGCAGUGCGGGUGAAUGGAAUUGUUUUGGCCAUUGGUCAGGUUGGGGAGUCUACCGUUGAUGAUGUGUUUAUGUUCGCCGCUCUGCUGCAUACGUGCAUUGUUCGAGGCAUCCUGGCCGGCAGCCGCAACCAAUUCCGGGAGUUGGUUCGCUUCAUUGAUGACCACAAGAUUGUGCCGGCGGUCGAUGAUGUGGUGUUUGAGCUAACCGAGGCUAAGAGUGCAUACAGGCGUCUCGCGGAGAAGAAACAUUUUGCUAAAGUUUUGAUCAAGAUUGAUUGA